AUGUGUGAAAUUUCUGAACUUCAGGCGCUGGCUAGGGAGAUAUGCGCGGCGACAAACCUCAUCACAGGGCAUGAUGCCCUCGCCGGAGACUCUCAUUCAUCAUCAUCUGAUGAUGCUCCCCUUAAUGUACGAGAUGCCAGACAAAGAGUCCUCAACUCCGCCGCAAAAAUCCAGCAGUUGAUCAGCGAACCUACAGAAUUCCUUGUCAACCUAUCGGUUGAGUACCAAUUAAUUGCAAGUAUUCAAUGGCUCUGUCACUUCCAGGUGCUCGCGGCGAUUCCUCUGCAAGGUUCAGUCCCAUUCUCCGACUUGGCCAGUGUCUGUACACUGCCUGAACGCCGCCUUCGUAGUGUGGCACGCAUGGCAAUGACAAGAAACUUCUUGUGUGAGCCAGUUCCGGGCCAUGUCGCCCACAACGCCGUUUCCCGCCUGUUUGUCACCAAUCCUGCCUAUCUGGGAUGGACAAGGUUUAUGACCGAAUUCUACAUGCCGGUCGCGUCUAAGUUCUCCGAAGCCACUGAGAAAUGGGGAGACACAGUUGCCGGGAACCAAACCGCAGUCAACUUGGCCAUGAACACCCAAUUGACAGCGUUCGACUUUAUCACCCAAUCUCGCGAAUGGGGCAGGUUAUUCUCCGCGUAUAUGAAGGGUGUUCAAGCAAGCAGGGCGACAAAUGUGAAGCAUGUGGUCGCGGACUAUGACUGGGAAGCCAUGGGGAAGGCACUAGUGGUACAUAUAGAUGGUGCUCCGGGGAAUGUCUGCAUCGCUUUGGCAGAAAGUUAUCCUGCACUUAGCUUCAUAAUUCAAGACACACCAGAGACUGUGGGAAACUGUCGAGGCCUUCUCCGUUCUCAGCCAGAGAACGUUCGCAAGCGCAUCACGACCGCUGCACACCGUGCUCUGGAGCCACAGACCGUGACAAACGCCGACGUAUAUCUCCUUCGUAUGGUGCUUCACAAUCACACUGACGACGAAGCGUCUCGUAUUCUCGCCAAUCUGGUCCCGGCAUUGAAGCAGAACCCCUCUGCGCGAAUUUUGAUUGUCGACACUCUACUCCCCGAGCCCGGGAGCAUUGGAAUCGUGGAUGAAGGUCUUGCACGCUACCGGGACAUGACGAUGAUGGAAGUUUUCAAUACAAAGGAGCGUGACAGGCAGGAGUUUGAGGAUAUUCUAAACAAGGCCUCUGACGGGGAGGGAAAACUGGGUAUUGUGGGUGUGCGAAGGUCACCCGGGAGUACAUUGUCCGCCAUUGAGGUCUCAUACCAUGCCUACAAUGCAGGCAAUGCUUUGUGA